CUAUAAUUCGGACAUUUAAUGGAGAAUUGGACAUUCUAUGGAAGACAUGACGUCGACGCUUUGGCGUACCAUGAAAGUGGACUGGUGAGGGAGCUCCCGCCAGCUAAGCUUUGACCACUCACAACGCUGUCCCGCCACACACCUUGACGGCUCUCAGGCAGCGCUUAUAAGAAACGCCAAAACAGGUAUAUAAAUUUGACUGGUAAUUUCCUAUAGCUUCAACUUAUUCACAUUUAAUACAAAAUUGCAUUAUCACAUCCAAAAUGUCUUCUCAGGAACUCCACUCCCUAAAUGCCUCCAUCGCGUCAAAGACCGACCCCGCAUCGGCCGCACGUGCUCUCACAGCGCCAGCCGAAGAUAAACUCUCAACAGGGUCUCCAGAGUCGGACAUUGAAGGCAGUCUUAGGCCCGUCUGGGAAAGCAUAAUUAAUGUGGCGGCGGAUACCGAGCACCAGUCCCAAGAACAUUUAGUGUCUAUCGUGCGCGCCGUCCAGCAGCAGACCCUCACGAAAGACGGUGCGAGCGAGGUUGAAGUCUGGGGGGAGAAGGUGAAGGUGUGGAGCGAUCUACCCCUCUUUGGUGUUUCUGUAAGAGACGCAUGGAAUAGAACUCCUAGCACAGGCUCUGCCAACGACUUCUCUGCAAGCCAGUGGCGCAACAUAAACGCCUUCCUAGCCCGCCUAACUUCUCUUUCUCAAUCUACACCUACGUUUGACUUUUCCAUGUUCGGCUUGUGGACGUUACGGUCAGCAUUUGAGGGAACGGGCGAGGCCUCGUCAGCAGAUGUGGAUGCUGCUAAAGUGUGGUUCGAGUAUGCGGAGGAUGUCUUGACGAAGCUGAGCAACGAAGGGAAAUCGUUCCCCGCCAAGGUUGGCGCUGGUGGCGGCAGCUAUGCGGAUAAGGGAUGGACGGGAUUCAACCCUGAUAGGCUUAAGGUUUGGCAGGCAGCUCUUCAAUAGGUGAUGAAGGGCCGCUAGGGGAAACAACACACGCGCCAUAAAUUUGAACCCUUUUAUUUUAAGAGCCCUCUAUAGAACAAAUCCAGCGAAU